AUGCCAUAUUACAACACUGGUUGCUCUUUGAUGGAACAACAUAAGAUUACAACGUUAAUAUUCACAAUUGCAGCAUUGUUGCUAUUAUGCACCGUGACGGCGCGGCAGUGUGGGAACUGCGGCCCGAACCCGGUCCCAUACCCGUUGAGCACAGGACCCGACUGUGGAGACCCGUUUUACAAGAUCCGGUGCACCGCAGGGACACUGUGGUUGGAUGCACUCGCCGGAUCAUCGUACACAAUCAGGUCCAUUGACCCGAUAACCCGUCGGAUCAUUAUCCGACCCGCAACCCUUGCAGGAAGCGCGUGCGUCUCCACGGACUUCCGCAGCGAAGGCAUCCACCUGAACGUGACCCUUCCUUUCAGCUUGGCUGCGAAAAACACCGUCUUGGUGUUCAACUGCACAGCCGCAGCGCCUCACGCGCCAACGAUGGACUGCUCGGUGAGCAGCCUGUGCCACAGCUACAUCAAGGACCUGCCGUAUGCAGGCGGCGCUUGCGGGCGCGUGAGCAUGUGCUGCGCGUACAGGACUUGUGGGACUCUCAAGGAGUAUGUGGUUAGGGUGCACGCGGGAGGAUGCGCGGCGUAUCAGAGUUUUGUGGAUCUGGACGGUGCGGCGGCGACGGCGGGAAAGAAGUGGCCGGAGCCUGGGGUUGGGAUCGAGUGGGUGGCACCACAGGAACCUGUUUGUAAAGGGCCAAUAGAUUGCAAUGUAUUUUUGAAUUCUAAGUGUGGAGUGGGCCCUCUUGGUGGGGUACAAAGGUGCUUUUGCAAUGCUGGAUUUAAGUGGGACCCUAUCAAUGGAUUGUGUCAAAAGUGCACAGGACAUGGUAAAGGCAGCCCCUGCAAAGUUCGUAAAAAAAAGAAAAUGCUUCUGACUGCGGUGGCUAUUUCCUUAGGAGGAAUAGUCUCUAUAGCAACAGUAAUUGGAGUCAUUCUCUACAAGAAGCAUAGUCAAGUGAAGAGAAAAGCAAAGAAGACCAUAAUGAAAAGGAAGAAGGAAAUCUCAAGUGUUAAAGCUAAUGCUUUAUCAUCGAGGAUCUUCACGGGCAGAGAGAUAAAGAAAGCAACAAACAAUUUCUCCCAAGAAAAUCUCAUUGGCUCUGGUGGUUUUGGUGAAGUGUUCAAGGGAACUUUUGAUGAUGGAACCAUCACUGCCAUCAAGCGUGCCAAGCUUGGAAACACAAAAGGCAUUGAUCAAAUACAAAAUGAGGUUCGAAUACUCUGCCAAGUUAACCAUAGAAGCCUAGUGAGACUUCUUGGUUGUUGCUUGGAACUUGAACACCCUUUACUAAUAUAUGAGUAUGUUUCUAAUGGCACACUUUUUGAUUACAUACAUCGCCACCACCCUUUUGGAACAAGGGCACCUCUCAAAUGGCAUCAAAGACUCAAAAUUGCACACCAAACAGCUGAAGGACUUUCAUAUCUUCAUUCUUCUGCUGUGCCACCCAUUUACCACCGUGAUGUGAAAUCAAGUAAUAUACUUCUUGAUGAUAAGUUUGAUGCCAAAGUUUCAGACUUUGGCUUAUCUAGGCUUGUUGAAUUAGCUGAAGAAAAUAAGAGCCAUAUCUUCACUAGUGCUCGGGGAACACUUGGUUAUCUUGACCCUGAAUACUAUCGUAACUUUCAACUCACAGAUAAGAGUGAUGUUUAUAGCUUUGGAGUGGUGUUGAUGGAGCUUCUAACUGCUCAGAAAGCUAUUGAUUUCAAUAGGGAAGAAGAGAAUGUGAACUUGGCUGUGUAUGCUAAGAAGAAAUUGAUUGAUGAUAAGUUGAUGGAUGUUGUUGAUCCGUUGCUUAAAGAGGGAGCUAGCAAUUUGGAAUUGGAAACUAUGAAAUCAUUGGGUUAUCUUGCAGCUACAUGUAUGGAUGAGCAGAGACAUCAACGGCCUUCAAUGAAAGAAGUUUCUGAUGAGAUUGAAUACCUGAUUAAAAUUGUUAAAGGUCAGGUUUCGAAACAAUAA